AUGGCUGCCGAAGCGAUCGGCCUCACGGCCAGCUUGAUCGCGAUCUCGGAGCUAUGCGUGAAAAGCAUCGCCUUGUACCGGACAGUCAAGGACGCCACCAAGAACAGAGCCCGACUGGCGGCAGAAAUUCAGUUCUGCAAAGCCGUCAUUGACGAACUCCAGAAUGCCUCUGCGGACGAUGUAUGGAAGGCGACGAUGGAGGUCCUGGUGGGGGAUGGAGGACCUCUGAAGCUAUUGGAGGAGACUCUGCUUUCUCUCCAUCAGAAGCUGACCCCGAGAGAGGCUAGUCCGAGCAAGGGGUUUCGUCACGGCCUGAACGUCUUGAAGUGGCCUUUCGAGGAGAAGGAAAUCAAGAAAAUUCUCGACAUGAUCGAACGUCAGAAGGCAUCGUUGUCGCUGGCUUUGGACAACAACAGCAGAUAG